AUGAUUUGGAAUGUACGCUUUGUGGAAGAUGGUUGGUGGGACAUUGACAAGCUUCGUGAUGCUCUUACUGAUGAGCUUGUCCAGAAAGUGAUUGGUACACCUGUUGGGUUUAAUAGCAAUUUGCAAGACAUUCAAAUUUCUCGACCUGCGGCAAAUGGGAUGUUUACUGUUAAAACUGCUUAUGAGUUGUUGGUUGCUAGGCAUGGCUGGAGCGACCCCCUCUGGGAGCAUCUUUGGAGGUUGAAAGUUCCCCCUAAACUAAAGUUCUUCUUAUGGUUGGUUUGCUAUGGGAAAAUUCUUUCUAAUGAGCAUAGGUAUAAAAGACAACUUACUUUGGAUCCCUCCUGCAGCAUUUGUGGUGGUAGUUCAGAGACGGUUCUUCGUAUCCUAAGAGAGUGCCCACAAGCUAAAGAGGUAUGGAGAGCUAUUUUGCUUCUUUUGCAAGUCCCUCAUUUCUUCCAGCAUGAUUUGCAGCCUUGGUUAUCCUGCAAUAUACUUAAUAAGAACAAAGGUUGUGCAGGCUUGCCUUGGAAUACAAUUUUUGGUUUUACCUGUUGGUAUAUUUGGAAGUGGAGAAAUCAUUGUGUUUUUAAUAGUGAGGAGGCUCUACCUUAUUGCCCCCAAAAUACUAUUUUGAAAGCUGCUAAUGCUAAGGAGUGGUUAUUGCAUGCUUAUGUGUCUCAACCUCAAAAACUGAAAGUGUUGGUUUCUCUUGCUUGGGUUCCACCUGAUGUGGGAUGGUUCAAACUGAAUGUGGAUGGCUCUCGGAGAUUUUCUAGCGGCACUAUUGGGACUGGAGGGGUACUUCGUAACUGUAACGGGGAUUGGGUUGAAGGCUUUACUGCUAGUUUGGGUCAAGGGCAGGUUUUGGAUGCUGAAAUUUGGGGUUUAUUCUUUGGUCUGAAGUUAGCAGUGGCUUGCAACAUCUCUCAUCUUACUGUGGAGAUGGACUCUGCUUUAGUGGUGCAGCUCAUACAAAUGACUGACCCCAUUCUUUUCCAUCCUCUAACUGGCAUUGCUUGGCUUAUGGAAGCUUCAAUAGAGUUCUACGCUUCUGUAUUUAUGAUGCUGCUCGUGGUUGGUUAG